UGCCCUGAAACAUGGCUGCCGCUGUGUGGAGCUGGACUGCUGGGAUGGAGAUAAAGGAGAGCCAGUCAUCUACCAUGGACACACUCUCACCUCCAAAGUGCCCUUUGUCGAGGUCAUUCAGACCAUCAAUGACUAUGCUUUCAAAGCGUCCCCCUACCCUCUGAUCCUCUCCCUGGAGAACCACUGCUCCGUGGAGCAGCAGACGGUGAUGGCCCGACACCUGAGAACCAUCCUGGGGGACAAACUGCUCACCAAGCCCCCCGAUGGUUUGGACCCUCACAAGUUGCCUUCUCCAGAG